AUGAACGGAUCUAACGAACAGGGCGGUGAGCCGCCCUUGCAGCAGCAGCAACAGCAGCAGAUACCAGCUUCCUUGUCGACUGUAACUUCCACUCCAGAAUUAUCAGGUGUAAUGUCUGUAAGUUGUGGACAACCAGUGUGGACGCAACAGCAAGUUACAACUAUUGUUCCGGCCCCUGGGCAAGCUGUCUUCGUUCAGGGUCAACAGCAAAAUGUCAGUUCUACCGCUCCCAUAGUCUUAGCCCCCACAACUACGACGCUUAACGGGCCGUUUGUUGCUGCCACCGGCGUUGUGGGCAGUACGGAUAACCCACCGACACCCCAACUCAAUGGAGUGAUUCCACAAACAGAUUCGACACCAAAAGUAACUUCUCUUCAAACUGGCGAAACCGUCUCUGCAUCCUCCAAACCUGCCACGUCUUCUCCACUUGCUCAGCAAGUACCUAAUAAUCCAGCUGUAGGUGAGACCUCGCAACAUCAUCCUCCUGUUUUCAAUACCAAGUCGCUAACGGAAUUAGUAAAAGAAACCGAUCCGUACCUACAGCUUGAUGAUGAAACGGAAGAGGCCCUCACAAUUUUAUCGGAGGAGUUUGUCGAGUCAGUUGCCAAACAGGCUGUCAAAAUGGCUGCCCACCGCAAUUCAUCUGUAGUCGAAGCAAGAGAUGUGAAAUUUUGUCUAGAUCGUGAUUGGAAUAUAUUCAUACCUGGAUUUCCCGUCGUUGAGAAGAAUUUCAAACGUCCGUUCAUUCUGCAGGCCCACAAGCAGCGUCUGGCAUUGGUGAAGAAACAAAUCAAACGCAGCUAA